GACGGAAAAAAAAACCAAACUUGUAUUUCAGAAUACGGAGACAGCCCGAAGACGAAGAGGCCCUUAUUGAUCGGCCAUCGCCGCGCCGAACGUUCUUGGUCGCGAAUUCAAUUCAAGGAUCUCGCUCCUUCUCCCACGCAGAUUCCUGGAGACAMCAACAUAGAUUUGGUUUCCGCAUGUGGCUCCUCCAUCAGCUUGAGAUUCUUCAGCAGUAUCCAUCAAACGAGGGUUCACAGCCAGCAUCGCCGACAAUGUCGACGCGAUUGGGGAAGAGAUGAGGAACUGAGGCAUCGCCGUCGUGGAGAAAUGAAUGUGAGCCAUGCCACGGUUCACCCCGUCGAAGAUCCCCCCACAACCGACGGCGCCGACGACGCACCCAGGCUCAGGAUGAAGGACAUGGAAGGAAUGCCCGGCACGCGCGGUGGGCUUGCUUUGCGUCUCGCUCAGUUUGCGUUCGCGGCGGCGGCGGUGGUUGUCAUGGCUACCACCAGCGAUUUCCCUUCUGUUACUGCCUUUUGCUACCUUGUUGCAGCAGCUAGUUUGCAGAGUUUGUGGAGCCUCUCGUUAGCGUUUGUUGAUAUAUAUGCUCUAUUGGUGAAAAGAUCAUUACAGAAUCGCCGGAUAGUCAGCUUGUUCACUAUUGGCGAUGGRAUCACAUCAACCCUCACAUUCGCUGCAGCUUGUGCUUCUGCAGGCAUCACUGUCCUUAUAGACAACGAUCUAGGUAGCUGCAACCAGAACCACUGUGUACAGUUUGAAACUGCCACGGCCAUGGCAUUCAUUAGCUGGUUUACUGCGUUGCCUUCAUUCUUCAUGAACUUCUGGUCUCUUGCUUCCCGGUGAAUUUUGCCACUAUUAAAGAGAAGAAACUUGAAAGAAAUUGGUUCACCCUACUUGUAACGCCCUCUGCUUCAUUGUUACUGUUCCUCGCUGUUUUAUGAUAUGAUAUUUUGUAGUAAAUGCCCUGAGACUGAAUCUUUAUUAUGUCAGUGUGUAUAAUUUGCAUUUGAGGUGGUGAAUGAAUAUGGGUGGUUUGAUUUGGUUCUUGGUUCAA